UCCCAGCCCCGGCCUCCGCACGCCCGCAGAUCUGCCCCCAGGGGACCGUUACCCUUGCCGGCGAACGUGCGUUAGCCAGACGGGCUCGAGAGGCGGAGGGGACAUCAACGUCCGUUAUUUCCCAGGACAUUCACUGUCCCCAGCAGCAGCACAACCCUGCAAAACGCAGAUGCGGGAGAGAAACCCAAGGCACAGCGUACUGUGGAUGAGGAGCGUAUUGGCCCGGUCCCCUCCAUCGACAAACCAUAGAGCUUUCAGACCUCCAGGAUUCCUAGAGAGCUUCCGGAAGUGCCUUUGCAGCAGGAUGCGUGCUGGCCGGCGUUGUGCCUCCGCAGAAGUACCCUUAGAAAAGAGGCUCUCAGAAGGUUCAUCUGUUAAGAAGAUAAAGAAGGUAGUGGACGCAGAGCCUCCUGAGCUUUUCAGGCCCUAAAUGGCUGAAGAAUUAAGAAAGCUUUCAGCCUCAUCUCCACCAAAUCACGCUCCUGAAGAGGACCUUGUAAUUGUCAAGGUAGAGGAGGAUCAUGGUUGGGACCAGGAAUCUAGUCUGCAUGAAAGUAACCCUCCUGGCCAAGAACUGUUCCGCCUGCGCUUCAGGCAGUUAUGUUACCAGGAGACACUAGGACCCCGAGAAGCUCUGAUCCAACUCCGGGCACUUUGCCAUCAGUGGCUGAGGCCAGAUUUGAACACCAAGGAGCAGAUCCUGGAGCUGCUGGUGCUGGAGCAGUUCUUGACCAUCCUACCUGAGGAGCUCCAGACUCUGGUUAAGGAACAUCAGCUAGAGAACGGAGAGGAGGUGGUGACUCUGUUAGAGGAUUUGGAAAGGCAGAUUGAUAUACUGGGACGACCAAUCCCAGCUCGUGUACAUGGACAUAGGGUACUCUGGGAGGAAGUGAUAGAUUCAGAAUCUGCACCAGAGGUUCCAAGUACUCAGCGCCAACCUGCAGCAAUCCAGCAUAAAUCUCCAGUGUCCCAAGAGCCACAAGAGAGAGCCUUAUCUGCUUCUCAGAGUCCUACCCCUUCCCAGAAAGGAAGUUCUGGAGACCAGGAAAUGACAGCUACACUUCUAACAGCAGGGUUCCAGACUUUGGAGAAGAUUGAAGACAUGGCUGUGUCCCUUAUUCGAGAGGAGUGGCUUCUUGAUCCAUCACAGAAGGAUCUGAGUAGAGCUAACAAGCCAGAGAAUUACAGAAACAUGUUCUCCCUGGGUGGUGAGACCAGGAAUGAGAACAGGGAAUUAGCUUCAAAACAGGUAAUAUCUACUGGAAUCCAACCACAUGGAGAGACAGCUGCCAAAUGCAACGGGGAUGUUAUCAGGGGUCUUGAGCAUGGAGAAGUCCGAGACCUUCUGGGCAGAUUAGAGAGGCAGCGGGGAAAUCCUACACAAGAGAGACGACAUAAAUGUGAUGAAUGUGGGAAAAGCUUUGCUCAGAGCUCAGGCCUUGUUCGCCACUGGAGAAUCCACACUGGGGAGAAACCCUAUCAGUGUAAUGUGUGUGGUAAAGCCUUCAGUUACAGGUCAGCCCUUCUUUCCCAUCAGGAUAUUCACAACAAAGUAAAACGCUAUCACUGUAAGGAGUGUGGUAAAGCCUUCAGUCAAAACACAGGCCUGAUCUUGCACCAGAGAAUCCACACUGGGGAGAAGCCAUAUCAGUGCAAUCAGUGUGGGAAGGCUUUCAGUCAGAGUGCGGGCCUUAUUCUGCACCAGAGAAUCCACAGUGGGGAGAGGCCCUAUGAAUGUAAUGAGUGUGGGAAAGCUUUCAGUCAUAGCUCACACCUCAUUGGACAUCAGAGAAUCCACACUGGGGAGAAGCCCUAUGAGUGUGAUGAGUGUGGGAAAACCUUCAGGCGGAGCUCACAUCUUAUUGGCCAUCAGAGAAGCCACACUGGGGAGAAACCCUACAAAUGCAAUGAGUGUGGGAGGGCUUUCAGUCAGAAAUCAGGCCUUAUUGAACAUCAGAGAAUCCACACUGGAGAAAGACCCUAUAAAUGUAAAGAAUGUGGGAAAGCUUUCAAUGGGAACACUGGUCUCAUUCAACAUCUGAGAAUCCACACAGGGGAGAAACCCUAUCAAUGUAAUGAGUGUGGGAAAGCCUUUAUUCAGAGGUCAAGUCUCAUUCGACAUCAGAGAAUCCACAGUGGUGAAAAAUCUGAAUCCAUAGGAGUUUAUGAAAAGCUUCAGUCAUAGUUUGAGCAUUAUUCAGCAUUAGAGGGUGAGAGGUCUUUAGUAAAAAGGCAGAAAGUUUAUCAUCGUUGCAACUUUAGUGUCAGAAUCUAUAGUGGUGGCAAAGUUAGAAUAGCUCUUCAGUAGUUUGGGCCCAGUGCCUUGAUGCACGUUGAUUAGCUUGACUGUUGUUGGAGGUAUCUAGUGGAGUGGUGCUCCUGAUGGCCUAAUGUAUCCUUUAGAAAUUUAACAUAGCAUUAGAGCAAGUUGCUUGUCAUGACUUGAGGCACUUAACUUUGUCUUUUGGGUGAGUAGCUAUAGGUUUGAAAGGCUGCUACUCCUAGUUCCUCUGUUUCCUCUCAUGUCCUGUAAAGCCCUUCUCCCAUUUAUUCUCCUGGGGGUGUCCUUGUACUCCCAAUAUGAUCUAAGAAGCUGCUCUAGAGUCCAAAGCAGCCUCUAGGUGAAACUUAUAUUUAGCUUUCUAAGAUCCUAGUUCUAGGAACAUUUUUAUAGACACUUAAUGUAUUUAUGCUUAAGUGUGCAUUUUUUAAUUCUAAUGUUCCUUCAAGUCAGUGGAAAUCCAUAUUCCCAUGCAAACUCAGAAUGCUAUAUUUUUAACAGCACUCGAGCAUUUUUCUUCAUAUAUCUCCUUCACUGACUCCACUCAGUCACUGAGCAUCUGUAUGUAUCCUUCAUGGUCCCCAGUCCCAGUACCUGUGUCAGCAAAGGAAGUGGACACAGUAGUGGUGGUUAUGGGAGUGAUACAGAGAAAGAGGUGAGUGUAGAUUCAGCCCAGCUGCUCUUAAGCUUGGAUAGUUGUCCCUUUUGGUGACUUCUGACUCUCCUUCCACCUCCCUACUGUACACUGUGUUACAAAUAGAGAUUUAUGUUAUUCUAGUUAUAGCAUCAGAUAAGAGGAGGAAGAGACAGAGGUGCUUGAAGAAGACAUAAAAAUCCUUACAAAGAAUGUACUUUAAUCCUUUUGGGCCCAUUAUGGUACUACUCUCUCAGAUUCCUAUGAGCCUGCGUAAGCUCCCUGACUAGAUGGUCUGUCACUCUUGUCAUUACUUUGGACCCACCUCCUUAGAUGGCCUCAGCACCUUACUCAUUAUUCUCCAUCUAUUUCUUGCUAUCAGUUUAUAUAAUUUUAAUAUCCAUAGUGGUAAUCUAAUACCUUACCUCACAAUUCCUCAUUGUGAAUUCUGGUGUACUCUAUCUAUAAUCCAUGAAUGUAAUCUACCAACAAAUACAAACUAUUAAACUCAUUAUCACCAGGCACUAUGUUUCAUCUUUGAGGUUUUCAGUAUCCCAAGGAAUACUGUAUAAAGUAAUGAGACUGGUUUAAAGUAACAUGCCAGAACUUACGCAUCCAGUAUGGGUUAACCUUUAAAUUGGAUAGUUCUUGUUAUUCCAAAGUACUAUUCCAGUAGUGCUACUGAUUCUCAAAAUAUUUGGAAUACUCUUAGAAUCCCCAUAUAAUAAACCAUAAAAGAACACCCUCUAUUACUCUUAUUCACAUCUCAUUCUGACUAUUUGAUUAUUCACUAGACUUAGAAUUGAAUAAUUUUUGGCUUUCCAAAAUUAACCCUCAAAGUUGAAAUUGAUUCUAUUAAGCCUAUUCAGAAAAAAAACUAUUUGGAUUCUGAUGAAAACACAAUAGCACACUGAAAAGGGAUAACAAUUAUUAUUUUAUGAUUGAUGGAUUUAAAAAAAUCAAUCAUAAAACCUUCACUCAUAGAGGUCCAAUUUUGGAUCAUAAAUUGCUUCCCUAUAGCGUUCCUUUUCUACCUCCUUGUGGCCCACUUUGACUAACAACAUCAAGGUUAUCCUACAUCUAUUUCAUUGAGCUAUUGGUGAAUGAAGCCACCCAUCACUUGUCAUCUUGGUUUGCAACAGUCCUUUCCAUUAUCCUUUAUUUUCUUAUCCUCCCUCCUCUUCUUUUUUUUUUUUUUGACCUAUAGGUUACCGUUCCUAAUUCCCUUGUACUUGAAAUUUCAAGAAACCAGAAACAAGUAAAUCUGGUUGUGUCUAGGUCCUUGCUCUCUGCUUCAGUUGUGCCUUACCCUCUGUAAGAUACUGACUCUGCCUGGGGCCAGUACUACCUUGUAUGCAGAUAUUACAUAUGAGGGGUACAUUGUCAGAGGGAAAAUAUGCAGGUGUGUGCAUGUGUAUGUACACACACACUCCUCCCAUAUGCUUUAGAGAAACACUUGCCUUCUAUUCCACUGAAGUGCUCUUUUAGUAGAGCAACAUACUGAAAUGUCUGUAGAUAUACAGGCUAAUGUCUUUUUAUGCAUCAGUGUCCAGAAUAAUGUAUACCAGAUUACUUAAAUCUCAGAAUUACUAAACAUCUGGCAGAAAUUUCAGAGAAAAGAAAUGAAUAUGUAUAGAAAAAUUACUAUUAGACUGGAGUGAAUGUAAAAAAAGACUGUUUUCUUGAAAAAAUUAUCAAGGGUAAUUCAGCACAUGUAUAGAAAUAGCUAAGUGGUGUAAGACAAUAGAAAAGGCUGUAGAUUCUUUGAGGACAUAAGUAGAAGUCAUUCUUAGUCUACAGUUCUCACUCUUAGCAUUAGAAUAUUAUUGAUCAGUCUCUAUGACAUUAUUUUGAGCUGUUACUUGAAUGAUGUGCAUUAAAGCUCGUUUAUCCUGCAGAUCGUUUUUAUGCUUUUAAUCUGAAAUGGACUAUUCACCUUUCUUCUCCCAUCCUCAGCUUCUUGUUUUAGGACCUUGCAUGAUAAGAUGGUUCUUCCAUAACUCUUUGGCCAUCCAACAUAGUCAUAGGAGAGGUAUCUUAGGUUUCAAAGAUUUUCUUCAUGGAGCAAAGUGGCAGUAAUAGAGUGUGGUGGUUGAUUCCCAUGCAAGAGCAUUUAGCUUUACUCUUGGUUCUGAGUCUCCAGAUGAUAAUAGCUGACAUUUAUUGAUCACUUACUGUGUGCCAAACUCUAUGUUAAGCAUUUCUCAUGCUUCUGAUAGGUAUUAUUAGUAUAUCCUCCAUUUUAUAGAUGAAGAAACUAAGGCUUAGAGAGUUGAGUGAGUUGAUCAAUAUUACACAAGUAAGUGAUAGAAAAGAUUCAAACUUAUACAAUCUGAUUCUAGAGCCUGUACUCCUGACCACUGUGCUAUGCUGGCUAUAAUAAACAGCAUAACUCUGGCCAGCUGUUUAAAAAUAUGUAUCCCUGGUCAUGAGAGGUACUAGGAAAGAGAAUGUGCAAUACAGUGCAAAUCCAUUAUAAUUACUGGAAAAUUGGUUGAAAAUGCCAUUUGGGGUUAUAAUUAUAUCUUUGAAUGUUGAUGCUUUGUAGUGCUAGAAAGCUGAAUUAUGAGAAUAAAAUAUGUUUAAAAGAGUAACUGGGAGGAUAAAGCAGUAAUAACUUGAGGAUUCAAAUACAUUUCUCUCUAAACUGCCUAAGGGAAAAUAGAAUUGUGGAGAGAAAUGAAAUAUCCAUGUACCAGGCCAGGCAGGUGGGCAAUUAGGAUGACAAUAGUAAGUUCAUCUAUAGCAUAAAAUGUGAAAAACCUUCAAUCUCAUUGCCCUUUUCUGUUUCUCUUCUAUCAUUUCUGGUUUUUCAAACAUGUCAUCUAUUCAACCCCAUUUUCUUAUUAAUCUCUUCUUAAAACUUCUCCUUACUGGCUUUUAUACUCAGCAUUCCAAUAAAAUGUCCUUAGAAGCACCAGGGGAUAACUAUUAGGCCUUUUUUUAGUUCUUGUCUUUCUUGAUCUCAUUUAUAUUUCAUAUUAUUGAAUUCCCCCUGCACUUUAGGAAUUCUCUUCUCCUUUGGCUUCUGGGAUCUUUUUAGGUCAUUUUUCUCCAGUAUCCGUCUUUUCUUUAUUGGUCUUUUUUCCCCUCCGCUCCACUGAGAAUAAUUUUCAUGUCUUAUUUUUAUUCACUACUUUUUCUAUACUCUUACUUAUCCAUUUGGAUUGUUUAUACUUCUUUCUGUAUAUGAAUAACCUCAUAUUUCCUGCCCUGUGGGUCAUGUGGGACUUGUGGAAUUUUCCACAGGUACAUACACAACUUGAUAUUUGAAAACAGAACUCAUCACUGUAUCCUCCCAACCCCCAUUUUCUUUUUAAAUAGGCAUCACUGCUUAACUACUUUACCCUGAAGAGACUCAAUGCCCUUCAUAUUUUUAUCCCAGCCUUGGAAUUAUCUUUUCAUUGAUUUCUGCCCUCUAUUCUCCAUGUCCAGUUCUUAGUCAAUCUUCUUGAGGCUUGGUCUCCCAGUUUUACUAUCCCAUUAUAGCCUUUCAUGUAGAUCUGUAUCAUAUAAGGCCCAGGUUACAGUAAUUCUUUCUUUCCAAUUUUCUUGCUCUCAGGAUCUCCGUCUUGUAUAAAGCUUCUAAGGUGCUCCUCCUCAAACUCCAUUUUCAUGAUGUCUGAUUUUCACUCAGUGUAAUAUAACAGUAAAUAAUUCUUGUCAGAGCAAUGGUGUUCCAAGUUCUCCAUUACCUCGCCCUCCAUGCUUAAUCUGCCUCAGCCUUUAUGACUCUCUAGCAUAUUCACCAUGAUUCAUCACAUUCAAACUUUCUACAGCCUUCUACUGUUGUCUUAAAAGCCCUUGCCUCUGUGCCUUUCUCAUGCUAUUCUUUUUGCUUAGAUUUCUCUCUGGUCCCCGGUCAUGUUCAGCACUGCCUUCAAAGCCUAGCUUCCUUAUGUCUUCUGAAUGAGCUCUCCCUGACUGACUUCACCUCACCCUGAGACCUCCAUUAUUCUGUGCUGCCUCAGCACUUACCUUUUGGGUUUGUAUGUGGUCCACGCACUUACUAAUAUAUUGCUUUGUGAUUAUUUUCUAGCACUCUGUAUUGUAGUUUCACAUUUGUAUUUAUUUCCAAAUUUAAAUUGUAAGCUCCUUGAGGGCAGGAAUAAUAACUUUUACAUUUGUAUCUCUGCACCCUGAGUGCCUAGUAUAGUGCUGAGCACAUAGUGGGUGUUUAAUAAAUGCUUGUUGAAUUAUUGUG